GCUGACCUUGGCGUGCAGGCCCGGCCCUGCCCCACCAUGGAUCAGGACUAUGAGCGGCGGCUGCUCCGUCAGAUUGUCAUCCAGAACGAGAACACGAUGCCGUGUGUCUCGGAGAUGCGACGCACCCUGACGCCCGCCAGCUCCCCGGUGUCCUCCCCCAGCAAGCAUGGGGACCGCUUCAUCCCCUCGCGCGCCGGAGCCAACUGGAGCGUGAACUUCCACAGGAUCAAUGAAAACGACAAGUCUCCCAGCCAGAACCGCAAAGCCAAGGACGCCACCUCAGACAGCGGCAAAGAUGGCCUGGCCUACUCAGCCCUGCUGAAGAACGAGCUGCUGGGAGCUGGCAUCGAGAAGGUGCAGGACCCGCAGACCGAGGACCGCAGGCUGCAGCCCUCCACGCCUGAGAAGAAGGGCCUCUUCACGUAUUCCCUCAGCACCAAGCGCGCCAGCCCCGAGGACGGCAACGACGUGUCCCCAUAUUCCCUGUCUCCUGUCAGCAACAAGAGUCAGAAGUUGCUCCGGUCUCCGCGGAAGCCCACCCGCAAGAUCUCCAAGAUCCCCUUCAAGGUCCUGGAUGCCCCCGAGCUGCAGGACGACUUCUACUUGAACCUGGUGGACUGGUCGUCCCUGAACGUGCUCAGUGUGGGGCUGGGGACCUGCGUGUACCUGUGGAGCGCCUGCACCAGCCAGGUGACCCGGCUCUGUGACCUCUCUGUGGAAGGGGACUCCGUGACCUCCGUGGGCUGGUCUGAGCGGGGGAACCUGGUGGCCGUUGGCACACACAAGGGCUUCGUGCAGAUCUGGGAUGCCGCUGCGGGGAAGAAGCUGUCCAUGCUGGAGGGCCACACGGCGCGCGUCGGGGCCCUGGCCUGGAAUGCUGACCAGCUGUCCUCCGGGAGCCGGGACCGAAUGAUCCUGCAGCGGGACAUCCGCUCCCCACCCCUGCAGUCAGAGCGGCGGCUGCAGGGCCACCGGCAGGAGGUGUGCGGGCUCAAGUGGUCCACGGACCACCAGCUCCUCGCCUCAGGGGGCAAUGACAACAAGCUGCUGGUCUGGAACCAUUCAAGCCUGAGCCCCGUGCAGCAGUACACCGAGCACCUGGCGGCCGUGAAGGCCAUCGCCUGGUCCCCUCACCAGCACGGCCUGCUGGCCUCAGGAGGCGGCACGGCUGACCGCUGCAUCCGCUUCUGGAACACGCUCACGGGGCAGCCACUGCAAUGCGUGGACACGGGCUCCCAGGUGUGCAACCUGGCCUGGUCCAAGCACGCCAACGAGCUGGUGAGCACCCACGGCUACUCUCAGAACCAGAUCCUCGUGUGGAAGUACCCGUCCCUGACCCAGGUGGCCAAGCUCACGGGGCACUCCUACCGCGUCCUCUACCUGGCAAUGUCCCCUGAUGGGGAGGCCAUCGUCACUGGUGCUGGAGACGAAACCCUGCGGUUCUGGAAUGUCUUUAGCAAAACCCGCUCAACCAAGGAGUCCGUGUCGGUGCUCAACCUCUUCACCCGGAUCCGGUAGACCCAGCGGCAGGAGCAUGCCACGCCUCUGUCCAGGCAGAGACCCCUGCUCAUCCGUUUGCAUGGACCCUGCCGUCCCCCGCACACAGUCCGGAGGAAGCGGCCGGGUGGGCGGGAGCUGGGCCUGGAGACACCCUGGAGAGUCUAAUUAAACGCCUGAUUGUGAACCAUGUCCACCAGUAUUUGGGGCGGGGACCAGGGACCCUCAGGAUGGGGGCUUCGUCUCCCUUCCCGAAGGGCAGGAGUCUCCCUGCAGCCCUGAGACCCAGUGCGGACGUCGGCACUCGGAGCAGGAUGGACGCCUCUGGGACCCGCCCGCGUCUGUGCCUCGCUGGGGCCGCAGCUGUCCUGGAAGCACGUGCCCGUCUGCUGCCACUGCCUGCUGUGCUGACCUGCCAGCUGGACGCCAGGGCUGGCCAGUGGGGGCGGCCAGGAGGGAGGCCUGAGGCCACGCAUCCAGCCAGAACUGCACCGCUCAGCCCGGCCUGAGGAGCCUGCAGCCACUGGGGCGUCUUUGCAGCCAUCUGUGUCACCACCCGGCAGGGGCCUCAGCGGAGAUGUCGGCAAGCACCGGCGUGGAUCCGGCCGGGCCUGUGUCCAGGGAGAGCAUCUGGGUGGACUCGUCCUCGGGACAGCUGCACUCCGCCAUCGCCGUCCUCGCCUGCUGCCCGCGUCUUUCCGCCUGCGAGACUUGAAUGUUUCUGUGCCUGCUGGGCGCGGGGGUCCCAGAGGCUGCCUGGCCAGGGCUCAGGUGGCCGCGGUCAUCUGCAGCGCCUCACCUCCUGGCCUUCCUACCCGGCCACCGGCCGCCUGCCUCAAGGAGGCUAGAGAGGACAGGAGCAGGGACGCCCGGGCCACCAGCAGCACCCUGGGCCUCCCCCGAUGCCGGAUCCUGCUCGUCGUCCUGCUGGCCCGGGCACAGUGCCCUGCUCUCAUCGCCCCUGAGCCCGCAGGAUGGGUGUGGGUGGGCCAGAGCAGCCACCUUGUCCCCUUGUUGAUGGGUCCUGGGCAGGUGGGGUUGGGCCUGGCGCAGCCAGGGAGGCCGCGCGGGCUGGGUGCGGAGGCUCCCUGCGCGGUGGCCGCUGGCCGUGUGCAUGUGUAUAUAUGUAUUUGUGACUCUG